ACCGCCCCCUCCUUAUACGGAGGCACGGUCCUUGCCGCUCUUCGGGCGCUUGGAGGUUAAACUAGCUUGUCGUUUUCCGAGCAAACUUCGGGAACUUCUCGUGGUGACAGCGCCCUGCGGAGCUCAGCAUGGGCACCGUCCAUGCCAGGAGCCUCGACCCUCUGCCCAUGCGCGGGCCAGAGUUGGGAAUUCAAGCCGAUGACAUUGAAGCGUUGGAGAUUGAGCCGGAGCCCAAGCAAGAAGUUCUUGAAAACAAAGACGUUGUUGUUCAACAAGUUCACAUAGAUGGACUCGGGAGAACUAAGGAAGACUUUCUGACUUAUGAAAUUGCAGAAGUUUUCCGGGCAAAAAGCUUGAUUGAUGUGAUGCGAAAGUCCCACGAAGCUCGUCAGAGGCUGCUGCGUCUCGGUAUCUUCAGAAGGGUUGAAGUCGUUAUCGACACAUGUCGAGGUGAAGACGCUCUUCCCAACGGGCUUGACGUGACGUUUGAGGUCACUGAGCUGAGACGUUUGACGGGCAACUACAACACUAUGGUUGGAAACAACGAAGGAAGCAUGGUUCUUGGUCUGAAGUCACCCAAUGUGUUUGGUCGAGCAGAAAAACUGACAUUCCAGUUCUCUUAUGGCACCAAAGAAACAUCCUACGGUCUUUCCUUCUUUAAACCUCAACCAGGACACUUUGAACGCAAUGUGUCCGUCAACGUGUACAAAGUAGCAGGUCAGUUUCCAUGGAGCUCGCUGAGGGAGACGGAUCGAGGCGUCUCUACAGAACUGAGCUUCCCUUUGUGGAAGACCAACCAAACCCUGAAGUGGGAAGGCGUGUGGAGAGAACUGGGCUGCCUGGGGAACACGGCCUCUUUUGCCAUUCGUCAGGAGAGCGGCCAUUCCCUCAAAUCCUCCCUUUCGCAUGCUAUGGUCAUUGACACCAGGAACUCCUCCAUCUUUCCCAGGAGAGGUGGAUUAUUGAAGAUCCAUCAGGAACUUGCUGGUUACACUGGGGGUGAUGCCAGUUUCCUGAAAGAGGACUUUGAGAUCCAGCUCAACAAAACUCUCGUCUGGGACUCUGUCCUGUCUGCGUCAUUGUGGGGAGGCCUGCUUUUACCCAUUGGUGACAAAUCAACUUCUAUAGCAGACAGGUUCUACCUUGGUGGGCCCACCAGUAUCAGGGGAUUCAGUAUGUACAGUAUGGGUCCACAAAGUGACGGAGAUUACCUGGGAGGUGAGGCUUACUGGGCUGGAGGUCUCCACCUCUACACACCUCUACCCUUUAGACCAGGCAGGGGAGGCUUUGGUGACCUCUUCAGAACCCACUUCUUCCUCAAUGCCGGAAAUCUUUGCAACCUCAACUAUGGUGAAGGACCUCAAGCACAUUUGAAGAAACUUGCAGAAUGCAUCCGCUGGUCGUAUGGACUGGGCAUUGUGCUGCGUUUGGGGAACAUUGCCAGGCUGGAACUGAACUACUGCAUUCCCAUGGGAGUCCAGAAUGGAGACAGGAUAUGUGAUGGUUUCCAGUUUGGAGCAGGAAUCCGAUUCUUGUGAAGCCACAUCAUUUUAUUUUAUUGGAAGAGGAUAUUUGAUUGUACAGAAUUGUUGUCAGAAAACUUGGUUCAAUAAAAGUGCUUUA